GCAAACUGAAACUAUCAAUAAAAACAAAUCACUUUUUACCUUGUUUAAAAGUAAUUAGCAAAAUACGCCCAUUUAUGGGACUCGAUAUGCAAAUUGAGAAGAAAUACUAAAAUAAAAAUAAAAAAACAAUAUGAAUGAAGACGAGAGCUAUAAAUUUGCAGCAUGUACAUUCUUUGCCAAAAAUCACCCGGGGGAGUCGUGUGGUAGCAAUGGGUUACCCUUAACACCUAGUUCUAUUACAAUACUAGGUAGAUCUCAGCGACUACUAACGAUUGAACAUACCAACUUGUGUACAUAUCUCGAUAUUAUAAGAGGCAAACAUGAAAGAAUCAUUGUAGUUGCGGAAGUGAUUGGGAAGUCUUUAGCUGAAUAUUCAUCUAAGUUUUCAUAUGAAGAGAUAAUAAACAUAUCACUGCAAGUAACAAAUGCAAUGAUGUUCCUCCACAAGCAAGAAAUAACCCACAGGACAUUAUCUGAUGAUAAUAUUUUACUGGAUAGUAGUGGUCGAGUGAAAUUGUUUAACUAUGGAAUGUAUUACAUGACAAACGAAGGAAAUGAAGUACCUUUCCCACUAGGAUUACCAAGAUAUCUCAGUCCUGAGACUAUUUUGAAUGGUGGUGGACCAGCAGCCGAUGUCUGGACUUUUGGUAUUAUCCUUUUAGAACUAUGCAUAGGAAAAUUAUGGAAAAAUAUAAAGCCAGGUCCUACACUGAGAAGAAUACUAACUCUGGUUCAUGCCAAUAAUCCUGCGGAAAGGAUAGCCCGGGAACAUGACUGUCUUGAAGCCUAUAAGGAAAUACCAGAGACAGUAAGAAAUUUGAUAGAGAAAUGUCUUAAAAUAUAUCCCAGUGAUAGAGCAACAUUUGAAGAAUUAAAUGAAGACCUGUCAAAAAUUAAUAGCAAAACAUUAGAAGAUAUGAAGCAACCUCGUGGCCUUAUGGGCUGUAAGUUACAGUACUUGUAUUACUGGUGGCAGCUUACAGGGGGGGAUAUACAAGCUGAACUGAAAAAGAAUGGACUCAUAAAAAAUAGUCCACCAAUACUAUCUAUGCCUAUAGCUAUUCUUCUAGAUGGUGGUACAAUAGGAGGUAAGACAGGGGCUCUUUUUGAUCGACGAAUUGCCAAGUACAGUUUAGAUUUACUCAAGAAUCGCCUAAGUCACAUUCCACCUCAGGACUUCUACCCAUUGAUGCACGAGAGGAGAAAGGACUAUGAUGCUGUUGCCUUACCUAAGAUAAUUAGAGAAAGAGACACUGAAUACCAGUUUUAUAGACUGCUCUGGUUUCAAAGGCUAUUACAUGGGUAUCCAUAUACAACUCAAUAUAUAAGAACUGAAGCAGAAAUAGAUAUCCCGCCUCUAGUGAGGGGGGACGUGUGGGCGGCUCUGCUGGGUGUGGUGGGGGAUAUUGAGGACCAAUACGAGAGAAUAGACAAGGAAACACCUACACCAACAGACAGACAGAUCGAUGUAGAUAUACCUCGGUGUCAUCAAUACUGCUGGUUGCUUUGCGGUUCGGCUGGUCAUAGGACAUUGAAAAGGUUGCUUAAAGCUUGGCUGUUAACCAACCCACAAUACGUAUACUGGCAAGGAUUAGAUUCGUUGACAGCUCCCUUUUUAUAUUUAAACUUUUGUAAUGAAGCCCGAGCCUUUGCCUGUUUAUCAGCUUUCGUACCAAAGUUUCUCCACAAAUUCUUCUUGAAAGACAAUAGCGCUGUGAUCAAGGAGUACUUGGCAAAGUUCUGGCAAAUGACAGCGUUCCACGAGCCAGAGUUGGCAACGCAUUUACACGAUAUAAACUUCGUGCCGGAGCUCUUCGCUAUACCCUGGUUCUUGACUAUGUUUUCACACGUAUUCCCAUUACAUAAAAUCGUCCAUUUAUGGGACGCCCUUCUGGUGGAAGGACCUUCAUUGCCUCUGUUUAUGGGUGUUGGAAUUCUGAGGCAGUUGAGAGACACGUUGCUGGAUUCAGGGUUCAAUGAAUGCAUUCUUUUGUUCUCCGAUCUGCCUGAAAUCGAUAUCGGAGAGUGUGUUAAGGAAUCGAUAGACAUGUGUCGUAUUUCACCGAGAAGCAUAAGUUAUAGAAGAUUCACAAAUGAACCAGAAAUGAAGGAUCCCAUGGAUGUAGUCGAAGUUCCAUUGGAUGUGCUGUUGUCUGAAACAUGCUCUCGUAUAAGUCUCGCUGAUUUCUUCUCAUUGACAUGCCAAGAUAAAUGUUGUGUGGUUGACAUAAGGUCGAAUUUGCUAUACGAAAAGAGUUGUAUAGAGGGUAGUAUAAACGUGCCCUACAGCGGGGUCCACCUUGGACAGCACGAGCUCAAGUCUCUCGGAGCUCAUCCGAACAAGGUGCUGACCGAAGCUAUCCGACAGAAGAAGAUUAUCGUUGUUGCUUCAGCGGAGGACGAGACAGCUCAAUUAUUCAGCGACUACCUCGUGAAGUGCGGAGUGUCGCGCGUGUGCGUGCUGCACGGCGGCGUGUCUGCGCUGCACACGCACGUGCCCUCCCUGUUCAGCGUGCCUAAGAAGACCGCUCAUAAGUAAACUCGCGAAAUGAAUAAACGAUUAAAAUUUUGCUAUAAAGAGAUAAAAAUAACUCAUUGAUUAUAUGCUUAUACAGAUUUUUUUUUGUUGACGGUACUUUAAAAUAUUUAUUAAAUAAAAUUUACUUCGCAUUAUAGUUACGCUAGUACAGAUUUACUUGUUUAGAAUCGAAUAUAUGUAUGUAUUAGAUAUAUGAUAUCCGCUUAAUAUCCGGCUGGCCGAUACCUGCGGCAAAUAGUGUGUUACCAUCUUUAAUUGUCACUUGAACAAAAUGAAGCAUUUAAUUUAUUAAAGAAUAAAUUAUAAACCAAUUAUACUUUUUUUGUAAAAAGUCUCUUAAAACAUCUUUGAAUCGAAUACAAAAAUCAAAAGCGAAUGUAAAUUCCCGGUAGUGCGAAACGACCGUCUUUUUAUUAGUAUGUCAAUAAUAAUUAAUAAUUUAAGUGAUACUUUGACGCACUACCGGAAUUUUUACACACUUUAAUAUUCCGUGCGCUCCAUCUGCCUUUUGUUUUAAUAUCCGAGUCGCCGGGUUGCUUUGUUCAGGAAACGGUAUGUUUUGCUUAAUUUGAAUUGUCUAGGAGGUGAAAUUCAGAAGCUACUAGAAGUUUUUUUGUUUUACUUAUCGGUGGGCUAAGCAUAAUUGGAUUUUGUAUUUGAUUGAGUAAAUGUACUGAAGAUAAUAUUGUAUAAAAAUGUAAACAUCGAUAGAAAAAUUCUAAAAUCCUUAAGAUAAGUGAAUCGAUUAUCGAAAUUAGCAAUCGGGCUUGAAUUUAGUUUAUUAGUUUUAUGCCAACGAUUUGAGGAUAUUUAUUUACCUCUAAUUGAAUUUGUAUACUGAAAAUGAACGAGUGACUCUAUCCUGCUCAUUUAUACUAAUGUAAAUAUAAAGAAAUCAAUAUUAUUUUAUAGAAAUAUUGUAUUUAUAGAAAUAUAGUGUGUUUAUGAACACCAAAUAUUUAAAACAGUCUGCGCUAUUGAAUUGGACAGUUUCUGAUUUAUGAAUUAUUCUCAAAAUUUAAUUUGUUAUUUUCACAAUCGACAUGAAUUUUUUUACGUUAUAUUGAACUCAAUUCUCUUGUUUAAUCAUUAAUAUAAUUAUUAGCGUUUAAGAAAUAUUUGCUUUACAAUACGUAUCUUUAACUUUUUUUUUUAAUGUUUUGCACGAUUGCAUUCAUUUCGCUAAACGGUUAUUCAUAAAAGUAGCCAAAUAUUCGUACAUUUCAUGUAAAUUAAA